UCUUCUCCUUUGCGUAGACUCUCAGCGGAAGCAAGCAUAAACCACUUCUACUACUCUCUCUCUCUCUCUCUCUCUCUCUCUCUCUCCACUGUUUGUUUGACCGCAGCGAACUGCCAAAGUAAUCAAAGUGAGUUAGAAAAGUUGCUCAAUUUACACGAUCUACCUUCUCUCACCUUUUCCAUUCCCGUAUAGAUCUUUCUCGCGUUUCUUCUCCACGAUUAAUUUGUUGCGAAUUUCGAUCUUAUAGGUGCCAAUUAAGUUAAGAGAAAAAAUGGAGGGGACAGUGUUCGCUCCUGCUAUAGAAGGAAUGAAACAUGUCAAAUCUGAAGAAGGGGAAAUGCUUGCAAUGCCUUUCCUAGAUGUUUGCAAACUAAUAUUACCUGUUAUAGACAAGUUUGGAGCUGCCAUGGCACUUGUAAAAUCUGACAUUGGUGGCAAUAUUACUAGGUUGGAGAACAAGUAUUUGUCCAACCCAUCAGAAUUCCACUUCUUGUACAGUAUGGUUCGGGUAGAGAUUGAAGCCAAGACAUCAAAAGACUCAUCCAGCUGCACCAAUGGUCUUCUUUGGUUAACAAGGGCCAUGGAUUUCUUGGUAGGAUUGUUCCGCGACUUACUGGAGCAUCCAGACUGGACUAUGUCACAAGCUUGUACUGAUUCCUACAGCAAGACACUGAAGAAAUGGCAUGGCUGGCUAGCCAGUUCAACUUUUACGCUGGCUAUGAAGCUUGCUCCUGAAAGGAAGAAAUUCAUGGAUGUAGUAGGGGGCACUGGUGAUAUUGAUCUUGAUAUUGAAAAGUUUUGCACAACCUUCUCUCCACUCCUUGAAGAGAACCACAAGUUUUUGGCUAGUGUUGGGAUGGAUGACUUGAAAGCCUCGUAAUGCGAUACUGAAAAUUCACAUGGUGCUCUUUCUUUUUUUGUCAUUUUUUUUUGUUUGAAAAAAAGAACUCCGUUUCCUGAACUUGUUAAAGUCUGAUGGCAUCAUAUGAGCAAUAAAAACCAGCUAUAUGCAUUCUAUCUAAUGAUGUUUCGAUUAUGGCAUUUUGUUUUCACCAAUUUCGUGGGCAUUACAAACGUGGUCUUAGCUGAAUGUAAUUUGGUUACGACUCAGAAAAUUGAAAGCAAUGGUGUUGUCUUUCAUGUUCUAAAUUAUUAUUGGAGUUUUGCGUGGGAGAGACCAUUCCCCUUUCUGA